AUGAACUUAAGAGGUAAAAGUCUACUAAGAUUUGAAGAGUCUAAGUAUUUUGGUGCACACAUAUUGGUUUAUUUAAAUGUCUUACCAGACGAGGCGAAGGAGUGGCCUCGAAAAUUCAAGCCUAUCGCUGGAUAUCAUGUUGAUCGUCAAGUGGAACCUCUACCGAAGGAUUUGAAAAGCAUAAUGGACAAUGCUAAACAUGGUGUUAUUUACUUUAGUCUGGGUUCAAAUUUAAAUAGUCAAGAUGUAUUGGAUACUUAUAACGAAAUAUUAAUGGACGUAUUCAGUAAUUUAAGACAAGUUGUACUCUGGAAGCAUGAAUUAAAGUUUACUCAUUUACCUAGUAAUGUUCACAUUUUAAGAUGGGCACCACAACAGAGUAUUUUAUCUCAUCCAAACUGCAUUCUAUUUAUGACACAAGGUGGUGCACUUUCGUCAAUUGAAGCGUUACAUUUCGGAGUAGCAAUACUUGGAAUCCCAAUAUUCGCAGAUCAAUUUACAAACAUUAAACGAGCUGUUGAUCAAGGGUAUGCUAAACAAGUAGAUUUGCCGUAUUCUACUGGAGAAGAUAUAAAGGAUACUGUUGAGGAAAUGAUCAGAAAUCCUAGGUUUCGGAAUAGGGCAAAGGAAUUAUCAAGACAAUAUCACAAUCACUCGUCACCUGAUAAGGAAUUAGUGCGAUUUGUGAGGAAAGUGAUUCGUGCAGGAGUUACUAAAUACCGCCCAGCAUCUGAAAAUGUGUCUUUGAAGAAGUUAUUUAUGAAUAUAGGUUUAUGGGGAAUAAUCGUAUCGAUUGCUAGAGCUCGAGGUGACAACCCGGAUUCGGAGACCAUCCAAGUUUUUAAUUAA